GAAACAGUUCAAGAUUCAUCACUUCAACUCGCCAGCCUGCUUGAGCGUGAUAAAAUGGGUGAGCCUCGUUUUGUUGUUCUUAUUCUUCACCACUCUUACUCUAGUUAUGAAUUUCUCCGGCCGACUAAAAUCAUCAUUUGAGCCGGGAAGUGCACAACCGCAAGGUUGUCUCUCUAGUAAUUCAACAUGGACACACAAGUCAUGGGAUGCGUCUUAGUCAUUUAUCGCUUGUAUUAUUCGGAAUAUGGAAACAAUUCUUGUUGUUGACACAGUAUUCACAGCAUAUGAUCCGGUUCACAUCGCCCCCACGCCAAUCGAGCCUAGGAAUUGGGCCGGGCUGGGCUGAGCUGGCCUGGCAAGGCCGUGACCACCCUACCUCGUCACCCUUAUCACGAUGUUUCAAGUCCAGAAACCGCUUGGUUUCACACCCUCUCGAGGCCGCAAGCCACGGCUGUGUUACGCUCGAACGAAAAGUGACUGGAGGGUGGCCACUCAGACGCUCAGACAGACACUGGGAACCUAUAGGCAGGAGCAAUUAGCGGAGAGUUCCACAGAAUCGUUCAAUUAAACUCAGGCCAUAAGUAUGAAAUCAGAAACGCAUGUC